AGUCAGACUUGGUCAAGAUGCGUAUAUUACCAGAUUCGGCAGCCAGCGAGGGCUCGGCCACGCACCGUGAAACUCCGACAAAACUAAAACGAGCCCGACUCGCCGACGACCUUAACGAGAAAAUUGCUCUCCGCCCGGGUCCCCUGGAGCUGGUCGAAAAGAAUAUCAUUCCUGCCGACUCGACCGUUAAAGAAGCCGCCAUGAGAGUGAACCAUGGGAAGUUCCCCAAGCAGGAGGACUCGUACGCCUUCGAGGAGGACAGCAGCAGCGAGAGCCUGUCCCCCGACCAGCCCCUCAGUGACGAGUCCCAGGGCUCGGCCUGCCCGCUCGCCGAGACCAAGAGCAACGCGUCCCCCUCGUCCUCGUCCUCCCUCACCAGCCCGCCACAGGGAUCCCACAGUAGCGACGCUGUCAAUCAUGGCCAAGAGGAGAAUGCUCUGGAAUCAAACAGCAAACAGUCCACACCCCCAAUUCCCGUCCCUGCCAUAGUGAAGCCUCCCAAGACUUCAGACAAGAACCGCCACAAGAAGCCCAAGGACAUCAAGCCCAAAGUGAAGAAGCUGAAGUACCACCAGUACAUCCCGCCGGACCAGAAGGCGGAGAAGUCCCCUCCGCCCAUGGACUCGGCCUACGCCCGUCUGCUGCAGCAGCAGCAGCUCUUCCUGCAGCUGCAGAUCCUCAGCCAGCAGAAGCACCACCAGCAGCACCAUCAGCAGCAGCACGCCCAGUGCCCCCAGCAGCAGCAGCAGCAGCACCACCAACACCAGCACCAGCCGCAGCAGCACCAAUCCCAGAGCUUCAGCUACCAGCCUUUGCACCAGCAGCAAGGCAACAGUGAGCAGCUGUCAACGUGUAGCUCUAGCGCCCCCGCCAGUACAGUGAGCAGCUCGUCUUCGUCUCCGGUGAAGACCACCUACUGCAGCCCCACCACCGUCAACCCUGUCAAGCCCGGCCCGCUGCCGCCCAAUCUGGACGACCUCAAAGUGUCUGAACUGAGGCAGCAGCUGAGAAUCCGGGGUCUCCCCGUAUCAGGAACCAAGACCGCGCUCAUCGAGAGGCUCCGGCCCUUCCGCGACCCCGGCACCGGCUCGCCCUCGCAGCCCGGCGACAUCACCACGGUGACCUUCCCCGUGACGCCCACCGGCUCGCUGUCCUCCUACCAGUCGCCGAGCUCGUCCAGCGCCAUGUCGCACGGCGGCGGCUACUACCCGUUCUGCAGCACCAGCUCCACGCCGCCCAUCUCGCCCGCCUCGUCCGACCUGUCGGUGAGCGGCUCGCUGCCGGACAGCUUCAGCGACGUCACCAUGUCCUCGCCACAGUUCGGCCUCCAGGCGUCCCCCGGCCAGCUGAGCGCCGACGAGGGCUUGGCACUCGGCCUCGGAGGAGGAAGCAACGGUAAUGGUUGUCACGGCAUCGGAGCAGGAAGUGGAGGUGGUGGUGGUGGGGGUAAGGGGGGGUCGGGGCUAGACGCCGAGAAGGACAAGAUGCUGGUGGAGAAGCAGAAGGUGAUCGAGGAGCUCACCUGGAAGCUGCACCAGGAGCAGCGGCAGGUGGAGGAGCUGCGCAUGCAGCUGCACAAGCGCAAGCGCACGCACGGCAUGCAGGACCAGGCUCCUCCUCCUCCUCCGCCUCCGCAGUCCGGCCCCCAGGGCCAGACCACCCCGCUGGGCCCCCACCACAACAACCAGCAGCACCAGCACGGCCUCGGCCUGCACGCCCCCAACCCCAACCAGAUGCAGCACUUCUACCCCAACGUGUCCGUCAAGCAGGAGCACGUGGCCUCCAGCUGCCCCAUGGCCUCCAAGGCCAUGAAGAACGGCGGUGGCGCCGGCGGGCAUCCCAACGGCGGGGGCAGCAACAGCAGCAGCUGCAUGGAGGGCAUCGGGCACUGUGGCAUGAUGGGAGCGCCGCCUCGCUGCCCAGAGGCGCCGCCCUCCCGGAGCCCCUCCGGCCUGUCCGCCUUCCUCAGCCCGCAGUGCUCGCCGCAAGACUCGCCGGGCGCCAAGACGUCCGGCAGCCCCCAGCCCAACAGCCUGUCCUCGUCGCCCAGCCACACGUACAUGGUGCACCCCCACGCCAUGGGCAGGGAUGGCUGUGCCCACGCCCAGGCUGGCACCAGGCCACGCAACAUGCAGAUCCAGCAGAAGAAUGUGGGUCAGUCUGUAAGCUGUCCCUACCCCCCUGACCAGAGGGGGCUGCAGGGCAUAUACUCCAGCCCCACUGAGAUGGGUCUCAAUGACAGAGCCUCCAAAGCCAAGAGUCCCCACAUGCAACCCAAGCAACUGACUCGAAGUCAACAGAUGGACGAGAUUCUGGACGUCCUCAUUGAAAGUGGAGAAAUGCCGGCUAACGCCAAGGACGAGAGGUCCUCCUGUGUAACCAAAGUUGUGCCUCACCUUACAGUGUCAGCGGGCAGUGCCAGUGGCAUCGCCGUGCACAAGUUCCACAGACACUAUGGCGGACACAUGUCGCCCUCCCAGAUGCCCUUUGAGCACGGCGUGAGCCACGGGGACUGCCACCUGGAGGCGCUGUUGAGCAGUUCCAUGGGCCGGCAGGGCGACAUCGUGCUGCUCAAGAUCGGCAGCGAGGACGGCCAGGGGGAGGAGGUCGGCGGCGACGGCGGCAGCGGCGGAGGCUUUGCCGGGUCUCACCCCGACGACAAGAUGCUCGGCAACCGCGACAUGAUGGACACCCCGUUGUCGCCGAUGGCCACGAAGGUGUCGCCCGUCCCCACAGACGGCCAGGGCCUUGGGAUGACGUUCGCCGAGUCGCCGUGGGAGACCAUGGAAUGGCUGGAUCUGACUCCACCUAGCUCGGCCAAUGCGUUUAACACCAUGCCUCCGACUGGGCCGAGCAUCUUCAACACAGAGUUCCUGGACGUCACCGACAUCAACUUGAACUCGGCAAUGGACUUGCACCUGGAGCACUGGUAAUGUUUACCAAGGAACUGAGAGAGAAAGAAAGAGAGAAAGAGAGAGCGAGCGAGAGAGAAAGAAACAGACAGAACCUGCCCGACUCAGACAACCAGCCGACAAAAACAACUUUACAGUUCCGUGCCUUGUGCGUCUGUGCCAUGUGUCACUCUUCGACACCAUUUUAGAUACAUCGUUACUUCUAUGAGUGACUCUGGUCUUUUUCAGACAACACAUGCGCACAACUCAUUCAACUUUUUUCUUUCCAUUUUGGAUGGAUUCUUAUCAAGUCAGUCCAUUGAAUGUAAAGGACAAAUUCACCAAUGUUGCCUUAUCAAAACACACAUAUGAGAGUAGUUUUGCAGUUGCUAUGCAUUUUGUCAUGGUCCAUUAAAACUUGAAAACCCUUAUUUUGACUUCUGGGGUAAUGAUAUGUUUGUAUUACUGGAAACAAGAAGAAUCUACAAACAGAAUUGGACAUAAGAGUAAAAAGCGAAAUCAUAAAUGUUUCAACAAUGAAGAAUUUGUAAAUAUUUACACUGUAUUAUUCAGAGGACAACUAUAUACCUAUCCAUUUGUGUGGUGUUGGAAAGGUACACAGUAGCGGACUUAAAGUUUUUAUCAUUUACUCCAAUAUUAUAUUGUACAUAUGGGAAUGUUCACAUUGCACCUUGAGUAGUAUAGAACUUAUCACACAUUACUUAUUUUUGCAUAUAUUGUUACUCCAGCGAAAAUCAUGCUAUUCUGUGUGAGCAUUUUAUAUCCUGUUUGCUGAAGUGUAGACUGCCAACGUUAGUGAUGAGGGGCUUUCAGUACAUAUCAUCUUUCUAUCACCAGAUAUGCUUUGAGUCCUUUCUUGGUACAUAAAAAAUGAUUACAGCAAUGUUACCUUCAAUGUGCCUUUACUCACAAUUGCUGGAUAACCUCCCAGGGCUAAGGCCAGCACACCAUCACUACAGAAUCACAGUGGAAUUCUUAGAAUUCUUAAUUGGGCAGCUUGGGCAGCCCAGUCAAACCAGGGGCCUACAAGAUUGCCCUGGUGUAUUCAAGCCUGGUUUAAAAAGAAAAAUAGCUGUGAGGUGUUAGUGGAAAUCUUUUUAGCUUAUUUUUGUAUUGAAAUGUUAAUAUGUCUUGGCCCCAUGUGAACUGCAGGUACCUUUUUUGCUACAGACUAGGCCACUGCCACUGUUGACACUAAGUGUAUCUACAUAACCUUACGGUAGAACAAUGGCCGACUUGCAUAAUUUUCAUUUUCCUACGUGUGAAUAUUUCUUGGCCUUCAGACAGAUCUGCAGACGACACAGCUAGGUGCGGCUAAAGGUGAACACAUCAUUCAUUUUGAUUCCUGAAUUGUACUCAAUAUUUUUUUGUUGGAACAUUUUUGUUUUAUUUUUCUAAUGAUUGACUGCAACAUUUCUGAGUGAUUGUGUAUUCUCACAGCAGCAACCUAUAUAUGCUAAGUAUCUAUCUCACACAUCUCGCAAAGUCUAUCCAGCAACUUUGAUUCUCUCAGAAUUGCACAUCUUCACAUCUCAUCACAUCUAAAUGUAAUUUACCAAAUCUAAGCCAACAUGUCUUACACCAGUGGCUACAUCUAGGGAUUGUACCAUUACCAAAUGUUAUAUUUUAGUAUCUUUUUUUAUAAUGAAAGUAUGUGGACCUAACUGUCCUAACUAUAUGUUUAACAAUAGUGCAAUUCUGAAAUGUAGCCACAUUUUCAUCUGUAUAAACCUGUAUGCAAAGUUGCUGUGUGAUGGUUGAAAGUCAAAGCUGUGUGAUGUAAUGUCUCCAUGUCUGAGGCGUUGAAGUCAUAGUUGCAUGGCAUAAAGUCACAAUGCCAUGUUAUAUAAAUGUGUACGCUAGUGUACAAGGUCACUAUUAGUAUAGUGAGAUUUAUGUGAAAUAGUCACAAUUUUACAUGAAUGGUCAUUCAUAUAGCCAUCCCCAAUUUCAAUAUCCAAGGGUCUCACUCAAAUAUAUUUAUUUCAGUUUUUAUUUUUCCUUAAAAUAUUUAUACAUUUGGUAUUUAUACGACAUUCCUUUACGUCUCAAUGGGAUUCAUGACAAAAAAAAAAAACACACAGGUAUCCAAGUACUGCCAUUUUUAACCUUGCAUUGUUUUAAUAUCAUGGAAUGUAAACAAAGUAACUUAUGAUUUACUUUUUUUUUUUUAAAUUGUCUUCUGUUUAUACUAUAUCUCCCCAAAGUUUUUAUGUAUACAGAAUUUACUACAUAAAAAGAACCACUUAAAAUGGGAACUGCCCCAUUCUUACCAGCACUUGUGAAUAACAAAAUGUAAUGUAUAUUUGACACAACCAUUUUCCUUAUAUACAAUUUAACUGUGAACUGUACUUCUGGUACCUAAUCGCAAUGUGUUGGCUAUCUAAUAUGUGACACAUAUGGGACCUUCUAGCUUCAGUUAGAUUAUCUUUUUUUAACAGUGAGAUGUACGCCCAGAAAUAGAGGUACGGAGUGGUGAUGUUUAAGUUUCUUUUUACCUUUUGAAUUCGACCCACUACAGGAAAUAAUUGGCUGAUACAGAUGAUCUCUGUCUCUGUCUCACUGGCUAUUUCCUUAUCGGUGGUAACACAGUUAGAGCAUACUGAAAUGUUAUUUGUACAUUACAGUGCACAGGAGAGUCCUGAAACAUUUUUCUCCUCAAGCUGUUCUGUGAUAUUACAAUGUGAAGCCAGCUAUAGUUUAAGUAUCCCCGAGAAAUAUUGCUUAUGGCAGCUUAAACACUACAGUAGAGUAUCUUAACAUUACAGUCCCUUAUAUCCAUCCAUGGAUUUAGUCAGGCAGUUUACCACAAAUGUCCAUUACAUCAAACCAUAGGCGAUUGUCUGAUUUAAGUUUAUACAAAAUUAUUAAGUAAAUCAAACUGUGAAUCAACUACAAUGUAGUUACAGUGGUCAUUUAGGGGAGCAAAAGUUUAGCUCCUUGGUUUAAAUCCACAUAAGAGAUAUUUUAUAGAGAUAUUUUAUAAUAUCAGACAGCAGAAUCAAAAUAAUGUUCACCGACUUCUAUUGCCCCCACUAGUCUAAAGUACAUUUUGCAUUUCAUUUUAAUCUUUUUUUUUGUUUUACAUGGAUAUGAAGUCAUCUUAAAUAUAAGUAAAUGUUUUGGUUUUUACUGGAUUUUCCUUGUUCAAUUAAUACGUAAUCUACAGUUGUUCAAUGACCAAAAAGUGAGGGGUCAACUUGCUCGGAUACAUAGUAUUGACCAUAUUGAAUUGUCAUUGUCAAAUUAUAUUUUAAGAAAAAGAUGCCCUUCACAGUAGGCUCAUUCAUCUAAUCAUUACCAGCAACAAGAAUGUUAAUAAUUGUUCUAUUUUUACAAGGAAACACUAUUAUGGAAAGAAAAGAGGAAAAUAACAGAUUGGACUUUUUUUUUACACAUUCUAUCCCUAAAUGAUCCUUGUCAGAAAAUGUCUGUGAAUAUGGAGGUCUAAGUUGGCCAAAUGCAGCUCACUUUGCUAUUUUCUUUUCCUGUGUUUGUGUACUGCUGGAAUAUGACUUUAAUCACACACUUUGCAUACUUGUUACCCUCCAAGAGGAGGUGUUGGGAGUUGAUCAAGAUUAAGAAAACCAUUGUUGUUGCACAUUUGUUCAUUUUGGUGACGCAUGGAGGUUUGUGUUUGUUUUCUUCCCCCCCAUGAAAAUAAGAAAUGACAAAGAGCUUCCUUUUUGCUUGGCCACGGAACAGCUUUACAAUGUAAACCGUCUCAGUAUUUGUCUACACCACUGUAAUAUUAAAGAGGAAAACAAUAAAUAAAUGUAAACACGAUGCAGUCCACA